CUUUUAAUCGUUUUUAUACUGAAAAUACAAAUUCAUUAAUUAAACUAUAUCUAAGGCAGUAAGAAGUUUAAAUUAAAGUUCAUCAUAAAGAUGAAUGGUCCAAAAAUACCAAUAUCACAGUUGUUAACAGAUAAAUCAGCUGAAAGUAAUGAAGAACCGGCUAAAAAAACAAGAGAGGAUUGGAGGAAAGCAAAAGAGCUUGAAGAAGCCAGAAAGGCUGGUCAAGUACCUGCUGCUGUUGAUGAAGAAGGUAGAGACAUUAAUCCACACAUUCCACAAUAUAUAUCGAGUGCACCUUGGUAUUAUGGAACUGCUGGACCAACAUUAAAACAUCAACGACCACAGGAAGAGAAAUUAAAAGAAUAUUCAGCAAUUGAUGAUUGGUACAAGAAAGGCGUAGACAAAACGAGAGUAGCAACAAAGUUUCGUAAAGGAGCUUGUGAGAAUUGUGGAGCUAUGACUCAUAAAAAGAAAGAUUGUCUAGAGAGACCACGAAAGAUUGGUGCAAAAUUCACAAAUGCCGCAAUUGCAUAUGAUGAGUUUGUUCAGCCUGAAUUAAAUCCAGACUAUGAUGGUAAAAGAGAUCGUUGGUCUGGAUAUGAUCCAGCAAAUCACCGUGAAAUUGUCGAAGAAUAUCAGAAAAUUGAGGAAGCAAAACGACAAAUUAAAGCUGAAAGAUUAAAAGAAGAUCCUAAUGCCGAAUCAUCCAGUGAAGACGAAGACAAGUAUGCGGACGGAAUUGACAUGCCUGGAACAAAAGUGGACAGUAAACAGAGAAUUACAGUCCGAAAUUUACGUAUUCGUGAAGAUACAGCAAAAUAUCUCCGUAAUUUAGAUCCAAAUUCAGCAUUUUAUGAUCCAAAGACAAGAUCUAUGCGUGAGAAUCCACUUCCAAAUAAAAGUGCUGAAGAUGUUGAGUUUGGUGGUGAGAAUUUUGUCAGAUAUACAGGAGAUACACAAGCACACGCAAAGGCUCAAUUAUUUUCAUGGGAAGCAGCAAGUAAAGGUGUUGAUGUUCAUGUCUUGGCCGAACCAACAAAAUUGGAGUUACUCCAAAAGGAAUAUGAGUCGAAGAAGGAAGAAUUCAAGACAAGUGUUAAGGAUAAUGUGCUAGAAAAGUACGGAGGCGAGGAGCAUUUAAAAGCACCACCAAGACAGCUUUUAUUAGCACAAAGUGAAACAUACGUUGAAUAUGCACGUGAUGGACGAAUAAUUAAAGGUGUUGAGAAGCCAAUUGUUCGUAGUCGAUAUGAGGAAGACAGUUACAUCAACAAUCACACGACAGUCUUUGGAUCUUAUUGGAAUAAUGGAAAAUGGGGAUUUAAAUGCUGUAAAUCAUUUAUUAAAAAUUCUUGGUGUUGCAAACAAAGCAUUGGUGCUGAAAUUGACACAUCAGAAGCUCCAUCCAGCAGUGGAUUUGUUUCAGCGAAUCAUCAUCAUUCUGAGGACUCAGAUCAGGACCAAAUUGAAACGAGGAAAGUUGAAAUUGUAAAGGAAUCGCGUAAAUCACCAGUAAAGGACCAAUCAUCGUCGUCAUCAUCAUCAGGAUCGGAUUCGACAGACAGCGAUAAAGAACGUGAAAAACAGAAAUUAAGGAAACGCGAUAAAAAACGUAAAAAGAAAAAAAAGCAAAAAGAUCGACGCAAAAAUAAGGAUAAAGAGAAGGAUAAGCUGCAAAUUGCCCUAGAAAAAGAAGAAGCACGGCUUAGAGAAUUUGAGGAAAUGAAAAAUGUUGAUGAGCGGAAACGAAAAUACAACAGCAUGUAUGAUGCAAAGGCACCAACAGAGGAAGAAGUCGAAGCUUAUCAUAUGAAGAGGUCACGAGCUGAAGAUCCUAUGCUUCAAUUUAUGGGAAAAUAAAAACUUUAAAAGUUCAAUGGUUGAGAACUUGUACGAAAUACUUUUUUAAUAAAAUGACAAAAAUGGCUAA